CAUGUAUAUAGAUAAUGUGAUUUGUGACCGAUUUUCAUUCGUCCUCUCAUUCAGACCUGUAUUGACCGCAACAGUCCGAACACAACACCGUAUUAGUCACCAGUGGUGAGAAUAGCAGGCUAUACGAUUGUCCUGUUUUCAGAUUUCUUUUCACCCGAAUCAGGAGGUUAUCGGCUAGAGAGGGUUGUUCUGCAAAUAUUGGAUAACGGUUUGUUGAAUUUGAGAAAAAGUCAAAACUCAACAGACUACAUCAGCAUGCUCUCUGUAGUUGGGACAGGCCUGGCUCGUUCCGCCAGUGGCAAACUAAAACACGUUGGAGGAUGUUUGCUUCAAAGCGCACGAACCUUAGUUCAGAUUCAAAACAAGCCAUACCUGCCUGGAUCAGAGAGUCCAACCUUUCCAAAAUACUUGGAAGAAUUCCGUGAUGACCUCCCGUAUAGGAUCCAGGUCGCAGAUGUCAAGAGAGAGAACCUGUCAGUCUACGCGAAGGAGCUCAGACCAAUCUUGGAAAAACACAUAGCGGAGUACGGAGCGGUACUGAUCAAGGGAUUGCCCUUAUCAUCUGCUAAAGAUUUCUCUGAAUUCUUCAAUGGCCUCGAUUUGGCGCCUAUGGACUAUGUCGGUGGUACCGGCACAAGGCAACAGGUGACCCAGAAGGUUUCUACGGCCAGUGACGAGCCUCCUGAGUUUUCUAUCGAACCACACAAUGAGAUGUCCUAUCUUCCAUACUGGCCUCAAUUGUUGUUUUUGUACUGCCAUAUUCCGCCUGAACCUGGUUGUGGAGGCGAGUCCGGAAUCACUGACGUAAGGCGGGUGUUCAAGGAACUAGAUAAUAAGGUGAAGGAGAAGAUAAUAAAGAAAGGACUACGGUAUUACCGCUACUUUCCAGACAAGUCAAAAGCUGAUUAUACUAGCUGGCAAGAGUCAAUGAUGACCGAAAGUCGGGAAGAGGCUGAGCGGAUCCAAAAAGAGACAAACCAUCAGUUUAGAUGGGAGGAUGACGGGGCUCUGACCGCCUGGGCCGAUCGUCCUGCCUUGGCCCCACAUUUCCGAACUGGAGAAAUGUUGUGGUUCAAUCAGGCGCAUUCCUCUAAUUGGACCUACUUCGAUUACCACCCAGUGCUUGGAGACCAACAUCGGGGAAAACCCGAAAGCAAGUAUCCCUUCACCACUGCCUAUGCGGACGACGGCACCAGCAUAGAACUUGACGUUCUGCAACAUAUCCGUGAAGUGUCCUGGCGAUGCACAGUUGGUGGCCAGAUACAGAAGUCGGAUGUUCUUAUCUUGGACAAUAUGUUAAUGCAACACUCUCGUUUGAGUUUCACUGGUGUUCGGAAGUUAAUGGUCGCACUGGCGAACUAUAUGUAAUGCACACCAUGUUUCAAUGCCUUAACAUGAUCGGAGGAACCCCAAACCUCCACCCCACCCCACCGACAUAAUGUGUUACUAAAAAGGCACAUGGAGGUUAAAAAUCUAGUGUCAAGGGCAAAUACGUAGGUUUUAGUCGGAAAGGGGAAACUAUGGAAUGAAAGUCACAUGUCUGUGAUGUUUACAAAUCAUAACUAGUCAAACGCUGUUCAUUUCAACAUUAAUAAAACGUUUUGUGAAUGAAAUGUUCGAGUCUCGAUCGAGGAGCCACUGGGCUGAGCGACAACCCAAUCAUGUCCAUUAACAAGCGUGUUACAACUAUCCAGGCAAUAUGAUGUUGUUUUUGGAUGGAGUAAAAAAUCAAGUUGUAUUUGUUACUUGCACUCUUUUAAUGAAAAUUUUGUGAACACAUAAAUGUGCAGUUAACAUACCGUGAUAAAUAAAAAGUACACAAUUCUUUGA